UACUAGCUUUACUCUUUUUCAGCCAACAUGCCCUUCAGGUAGCUCAAUUUGACAUUAUACCUUGGUGCAAGUUACCAGAAGCACCACGAAACCCAGCCUGAGCUUUGAAAUAGUCCAAAGAAUUAAUCCAUCCAACAAGAAAGUGCUCUUUGCAGAAGGACCUGUGAGGCUGGUUUCUUUUCCCCUGAUGCUGCUGGCCAAGAGCUGAUCCCCUACUUCCCAAGGCCUGGACCUAAGGUAGCUUCUAGGUUGUGUAUCCCUGAGUUUAAAGCUGGGUUCAUCCCUUGACUUCAUGCCCAAUCUCUUCCCUCAAACUCUCACUUUAACUGUUAGCUUUAAUCCCAGAUUGAGCUGAUGUGUGGACCAAAGUAUCUUUGAGUGGCAGCAGUUGGACUGCCCCAUGACCUUUGGAUUUGACGUUGUGGCUUACAGUCCACUGGGUGGAAUCCCAGCGACUAGCCUGUGGGGUCUCCUGCUCUCUCUUCUCAUUCUGGAGGGCUUUUUACUUGCAGAAACUGAAGGCUCAGAAGAAGAUGACAAAGAGAAUGACAGAGAAGCUGAGGAGCGGGGAAACGAUUCUAAACUGGAAAACAAGUCUAUUCAGGAAAAUGAAGAUGAAGACAUUGGAAACCUGGAACUUGCCUGGGAUAUGCUGGACUUGGCAAAGAUCAUUUUUAAGAGGCAGGAAACAAAGGAAGCCCAGCUCAAUGCAGCCCAAGCUCAUCUGAAGCUGGGGGAAGUGAGCAUCGAAUCUGAAAAUUACAGCCAGGCCAUUGAAGAAUUCCAGGCCUGCCUUGCCCUUCAGCAGAAUUACCUGGAGGCACAUGACCGCCUGCUGGCUGAGACCCAUUACCAGCUGGGCCUGGCCUAUUCUUACAACAGUCAGUAUGGCGAGGCGGUGUCUCAGUUCACCAAGUCCGUGGAUGUCAUUGAGAAGAGGCUGGCCAUGCUGAACGAGAGGAUAAAGGCAGCGGAGGCCCCUUCUGCUGAGGAUGAGAAGGAGAUUGAGGAGCUCAAGGAACUGCUCCCGGAGAUUAAAGAAAAGAUUGAAGACGCCAAGGAGUCCCAGAGCAGUGGGAAUGUCGCCGAAUUGGCUCUCAAGGCCACCCUGGUUCAGGCAGCAUCUGGCUUCACAUCAAGCAGUGGGAAUUCAUCAGCCUCAGGGAUCUCAGCCAGAAGAUCCACAGACGGUGCUGCUACAACAUCCUCAAAUUGUGUGACUGACAUUUCCCACUUGGUCAGAAAAAAGAGGAAACCAGAGGAAGAAAGUCCCCGGAAAGAUGCUGAGGCCAAGAAAGCCAAGCAGGAACCCGCCGUCAAUGGUGGCAGUGGUGACGGCGAUGGGGGUGGUGAUGCUGCCCCCACUGCGAAUGAGGCUGCAGAAAACAUGGAAGCAGAGGCGGAGAACCAGCCGCCCGCAGAGCCAGGAGCUGCCACCGUACAAAGCACCGCGUGAGCCUCCCAGAGGGAGGCGGGAGGACCCUUCUCUCCAGGACGAUGCUUUUGUAUAUAAUGUAUUUUUUCACUUUUGGGGACUCUUUUUGUAUAACUUCAAUAAAGAUUGUACGCAAAG